UGCCUCUGUCUUUCCCUCCCUCAGUUUCUCUCUCUCUCACAGCUCAGCAUCUCCUCUUUCCCGAUGCGUAGAUCCACUGUUCUGAUGCUCCACAGAGACAUCAUCCAGUCCAUCUGAGCAACUUGUGGGAAGGAUUUGAGUCACAGCUCCUGCGAGAGCCUGCUUUAUAAAUGGCGCCCAGAUUAGCGCUGCAAUGAUUUGGACCAGAGUCACAGCAGGGAUGAACGUGUCUGAUGGGUCCUCCUACCAGGAGGAGGAGCUGCUGGGUAACUCCACCUGGGCCUACUCCUACUACCAUCAGAACUACACCCUGGCCCCUCCACUGCUUCCAGACAAGAGCAGCACCUCCAAACCUGUAGGAUGUGAACAGGUCCACAUCGCUGUGGAGGUCUUUUUGAUCCUGGGUAUCAUCUCCUUGCUGGAGAACAUCUUGGUUAUCACAGCCAUAGUAAAGAACAAGAACCUUCACUCUCCCAUGUACUUCUUUGUAUGUAGCCUGGCAGUCGCUGACAUGCUGGUGAGUGUGUCCAACGCCUGGGAGACCAUCAUCAUUUACCUCCUCAACAACAGACAGCUGGUAGUGGAGGACCACUUCAUCCGGCAGAUGGACAACGUGUUUGACUCCAUGAUCUGCAUCUCUGUCGUUGCAUCCAUGUGUAGCCUGCUGGCUAUCGCCGUGGACAGGUAUGUCACCAUCUUCUACGCACUGAGGUACCACAAUAUCAUGACAGUGAGGAGAGCCGGCUGCAUCAUCGGAGGAAUUUGGACCUUCUGCACUAGCUGCGGGAUCGUCUUCAUCAUCUACUCAGACACCACCCCUGUCAUUAUCUGCCUGGUUUCAAUGUUCUUCGCCAUGCUGCUCAUCAUGGCCUCCCUCUACAGCCACAUGUUCAUGCUAGCCCGCUCACACGUCAAGCGCAUCGCCGCCUUGCCGGGCUACAACUCCAUCCACCAGCGGGCCAGCAUGAAGGGGGCCAUCACGCUCACCAUCCUCCUAGGAAUCUUCAUCGUCUGCUGGGCUCCCUUUUUCCUCCACCUGAUCCUGAUGAUCUCCUGCCCUCGGAACCUCUACUGUGUUUGCUUUAUGUCCCACUUCAACAUGUACCUCAUCCUCAUCAUGUGCAACUCAGUGAUCGACCCGCUCAUCUACGCCUUCAGGAGUCAGGAGAUGAGGAAGACUUUUAAGGAGAUCAUCUGUUGUUACAGUCUGAGGAACGCCUGCACCAACAUCUGUGCUCUGACCGGUAAGUACUGAGAAAUAGACACUGAGAAGACCAAUGACAGGGCAGCAUGAAGUGACUGAAUCUGACACUGGAGCAUAAAUAUGGGAGAUUGAAGAUACACUACCCGAGGACUGCAAGUUUCAGUCAGUAAAGUGUGUAGUUACAUUUUUGUGUUCUGUCCAGUUGCUAUUGAAAAGUAUGAGCCGGAAAUUGGACUGGAACAAUAAACUUUCUCCUAAUGUAUCCACCCCGUUCACAAAGAGCCUCCUUUAUUAGGUGCAUUUGAGCAUCUUGCUAGCACCAUCUGAAGUCAUGAUUCAUCUGAAAGUACGUCACAGAGGCCUGUUUGUGGCCUACUUUUCAUUUCUUUUGUCCUUUUUUCUUUAGCCUUCUUUUAAAUCAGUGACAUUAUUAUUAUUGGCAGCCAGAAUAUGACUAUCAUGGUAGCCAAAUCAAUAACAGCAUACCUUUUUUACACUGUCUUCAUUUGUGAGAGUGCUUAUAUACUUGCGUUUAAUUACGCAUGAUGGCUAGUCCACGUACACAGUGUUGCCUCACAGCUGAUGCACAUUCUUUGAAAUUAACACAACGCAUAAAUGAAUCGCUGAGACAGAAAAGUUAGUACCAGACGGGGAAAAUUUUGAAGUGAAGUCAGAUCUUGUCUAUAAUUAUCCUCGUUUAUAUGAUGUAUUUUGCUGUUCCUGCUUUCCCCCCCGAUCACUGCAACAUUAAAUGGGAACUUUGGUGAUUUUACACAUCAUAGUCUGUUUUCAGAUGCUGACGAGAGCUACUGUAUGUGUGGAGAAGUUUUUUUUUUUUUUUAAGCCUUUUGUGUCUGCAGAGUUUCAAAGUAUCUGCAAACUCUUUAUUAUCAAAUUUAAUGCUUUAAAGACCCUUUUAAGACCUCAACUGAGAAAAUGUAUUACCAUUUCUACUACAAAGAAAUGUGUGUUUGCACUAGGUGAUAUAUUUAAAAUAAAUAAUAAAAUAAUACUGAGGCUUUUAUAAUACUGAAUGCAAAAUGACACACAAUACUCCCAAAACAUAAUAAUUAUUAAGAGAGAACUAUAGUUUAAAAUGUCAGCAUCCUGUAUAUGUCCUUAGUUUAACAUCAUUUGUAUUAUUUCUUUAUUUCCUGACUCAUCCUACCUUGAGAGACUAUACAUAUAUAGGGACUGUGAUUCUUUUAUCAAGAAUCCUAUAUCUGUAUUCCACUUUGCAUCAUUCAUGUUAUACCAGUGCAGUGGAGAAAAACAUACGUAAAAUGAGGACAAAAACAGCCAGCUUGUUUUUUUUUUUUUUUUUGCAUGAUUGGCUGGAUGUUUACCAGUUUGGCUGUUACAAGGUCGACUUUUUGCAGCGAGGGGUGGGAUGUAUGUCAAACAACGGCCAUCAUUCUUUUAUUGAUUUCUGUUCAUGAUUCUUUAAGUGGUGAUUCUCUACCGUAUAGUAUCUGGCCUGAACUGCAGUCAUGUUGCAAGUGGGAAAUGUUUCUAAUAUUUGACAUAGACAAGGAAUGUGAAAUUUAAAAAAAAAGAUCAACAUCUCUAUUUCUGAUCAAUGAAUAAAAAAUACUUUUUAUAAUAAUAAUAAUACAUUUUAUUUGUAAUGCACUUUUCAUUUCAGAAAAAUCUCAAAGUGGUGCAUUAAAGAUAUAAAAGGAUAAAACAAAAACAAACAGGUAAAAUAAAAAUAAGAAAUAAAAAUUUCAGGGACAUGUUUAAUUAAAAGCAUUGUUUAAAAGAAAGGUCUUAGGCCUUUUUUUAAUAACAUCCACUAUCUGUGGAGCUCUCGGGAGGUCAGGGAGGGAGUUCCAGAUGUGAGAGGUGGCUGAGUGGAAGGCUCUGUCUCUAAGGUCUGGAGCUUGGUUCUGGGCAGGCUGAGCAGGUGGCAGUUAUUGGGGCAGAGCUUUCGUGUGGGCGAUUGGUGGCAGAUGUGUUGUUUCAGAUCGUCCGGGGCGUUGCCAUGAAUGUACUGAUGGGUGAGGAGAGUGAUUUUGUACUGAAUUCUGAAGAAGAUGGGGAGCCAGUGGAGGGAAUGGAGGAUGGGUGUGAUGAAGUCUUGCUUCUCAUCAGGAUCCUAGCCGCACUGUUUUUGAAUGUAUUGGAGUUUUUGCAGGCUCUUGCUAGGGAUCCUGAUGAGCAGUGCUUUGCAGUAGUCCAGCCUGCAGGAGACAAAGGCGUGGACGAGUUUCUCCGUGUCAGAAAGGGUGAAGGUGGGACAGAGUUUGGUAGUAUUUUUGAGGUGGAAAAACGAAGACUUCUAAUCCCCACAUCCAAAUUAGCAGGGCACUCUUUUAAAUUAAGUGCACACAAAGAACUCAGACAGGUACAUAAACACUGGAAACAAACCAACACAGGAAAAAACAGUGCAUCAACUGUGUGAAAUAAAACAGCAAGGCCAAUCAAAUAUGUGCUUGGUCACAGAGAUUCCUUUGUAGUGUAAAGGCUUACUGGGCCAUUAAGGAACAAGCAACCAUCAAAGACGUCAUGUGGAUUUAAAAAAAAAAAAAAACUUCAACAUGCAACUUUAGCAUGGAAAAUUGCUGUUUGUCUGCUGCUGUAUUUUCCAGUGUUGUUUUCCUCAUAACUAUGGCCAUGAUCUUUGGCUAAUAUCUGAGUUUUUGUGCCUAAACCUAAACAAACCUCGACCAUCACAGUGGCAGGUCAGAAUAUGGUCAUGUGAAACACUAUCCAUUGUUUUGGGAGUCACAGACAAAUUAUGUUGUUCUGUGAACAAGAAAAUUGUGCUCAAGGCAAGGACACACUGUGAAUUCUGAAAUGGUUAUAAAUAUGAUUUGGGUGUUGGACAGAUGUUUGACGGGAUUGCCAACUGGGAUGAAACAAGAUCACAAUGAAGCCCUGAGAGAAAAGGAUAAUGGAGAAGGGAUGCAGCCAGUGUCACACCAAGCUGGAAAAAUAAAGGAAGGAAAGUUAACUAUUUGUUCUAAAGAAUUACAGCAGGAUGACAGAGAGGGAUGGUGGGUAAUAGUACAGCUCAUUUGCUUUAUCCCCAGCUGUAUAUAAUCCUUGAAUGUAAAGCAGUGCAGCUUAAAAGCAGCUGGACUCUAUCUGUGAAUAAACAACCACUUUCAGCAGCUGAAAGAACGAUCACAACACUACUAUGUUGGCAUCCAAUACUCCAUAGCUGCCCAAAACAUUACUGUGAGAGUCAUUCAUGGGUGUUUUAGUACAACACACUGCAAAUGCUUCUGGAAAUGUGAGGUCACCUACCUCCACGAUAUUCAGCAUGUUGUCAGUUGUAUUUGUGUUGUUAUUGCUGUUUAUGCCCCUUUCUGUCAGAGACUUAAAAAUCUGUGCAACUAAUCAACAAUUCUUGGAACAUUUCUGCCCACCUUUAGGUUUGUUUUCUUUCAGAAAACCAAAAUGACAAACUGCCUGAGACUGCCUCUCACAUUACAGCCACUGUUAUAUAGCAAGUAAAUGAGCACAGACAAACAAGCACAAAAAUACAAUUCUGUGUAGAAUAAAAGAAGACAGAAAAGAACACCAGCCUCCGCAUCUCCAAGGUCUUUUCCUCAUAAUAUGUGAUCCAAGUUUUAUCUAAUCCAAGCUGGUUAUCUUUCAACAGAUUUAUCUAAUUGUCUGACUGAAGCAGUGGAUCAUGUGUUUAUACCUCAAGCAACCUGAGAAACCAUUAUUUGUCUAUGGCCUCAGACAUGCUGUACAUUAUCUUGUUUGUAAUUGUCAGCAGGGAAAAGUUGUCUGCUUGCUGAACUUUCUGACGGCAUCCUCAGCCAAUUUUCUGUGUGCCCUGCUGCUGCAUUAUUGCUACAGUAAACAAGCAGCUUCCUCAAAUCUGCCAGUGUUCAGUAGCACAGCAGGUUCUGCUCUGAUUUGAAUGUGAAGUCACGCUCUCUAUUCUGUCCAUGUGGUCUCGUUAUAUUGCCUCCCUGCCUAAUCUGUAUUAAAUUAUGUAAAGAUGCCAUGAGUUCAUGUACAAAAUGUAUAAAUGAAUGUACAAAUUGCUACAUAGUGCUCUCUGUAAGUGUGUGUUGGUGGUGCCUUCCUCCCAACUGAGAUGUCUGACAGAUUUUUAUUGCAACAUGCAGUCGUCCACUGGAACAGCCUUUUCAUACAGAAUGCGACACAUCACUGCUGCAUGGUAGAUGCUUACAAAAAAAACAAAAAACGAGUUCAUAUUUAUUGCACAAGCAAGAGCAAGCCAUUUGUAUUGUUGGUGUUCUCAGGCUUUAUGCACAUAGAGAUGUCUGUACAGCAAACAUAAAGAAAACUGUGUUCAAAGGAAGCUAUUCUCUGUUCUGUGUUGUAAUUGCCUUAUUGUGGCUUCCUUUAAAGUUUAAUGUGAAGUCUUUGAAUAAGUGAAAUCAAAAGAAGAGCAUAUGAAUAUGCUCACAAAUGUACAAAGCAAGGAAAAGUACUUUUGUUCAAGCUGGUUGAUAUACAUUGAAUGUAUUUGUUUUCCUUUAUUUAAUGAAGAGAAGACGUCACAUUUGUUCACUGUGCAUUCACCGCCAACACAACAUAUCUGUGCAAUUAUGCAAAAUGAUUCACUGUUACUGACUGUACAGUACUCAGUUCUUGUUCCCACAGAAACAGCAGCACUAAACACUGCAUGUGAUGUUACACUGGACAGAGAUUAAGUCCCCAUCAUGACUGCUGAUUGCAUGCUAAAUAAUUUGUGUAUGUGCAGUGAGAGGAUAUUACAAGCUGUGGGGACCCGUCUCAGCUAAUCAAGUGGUGCUAUGAAGGAAUUUAAAUGUGAGCGCCGCUUGAAAUGACAGAUGUUUGUGUUGGCUACGUGGUUUAAGGUGUAUUAUUUUAUUUAAAAGUGUCUGAAUAAAAGCAAAUGAUAAAACUGA